GCGCCGCCAUAUUAUCCAGCUGCGAACUUUUUUGUUGUUGACAUCUGACGCGUCAUUUUUAAGCGACUCUAUUAGCACGUACCACAAGUUAUUGGUUUGACCAGAGAGAACAUGGCAGACCUCGGUGUGAAAGCAGGGGAUACGGUGCUGUUAGUCUGGAAUCAGCCCUCAUCCCCAACAUCUUUAAAAGAGCUUGCAGAGAGUCUAGGGGCUUUAGUUGGCCCCAAGGGCCGAGUGUCAGUGGAGAACAUGGAGAGACUUCUAAUGUCUUCACAUGCAGCAUCAAGUUACGACUGGGUCCUCUCAAGUCUGCUCUCUGAUAGCUCUUCCAUUCACAGUUCAGAGACGUUAGCAGAAAUGGCCAGAGUGAUGAAACCUGGUGGUAAACUAGUGCUAGAAGAACCAGUUUCAGGAAUCGAUGACCAAAAAGUGAGAACUGCUGAGAAACUUAUAUCAGUCUUGAAGUUGUCUGGACUGAUGUCUGUGAUAAAGGUCAGUGAAGGACCCUUGACCCCAGAAGCUAUAUCAGCCCUCAAGACAUCCACAGGAUUCCAAGGGAACACUCUGUCCAAGUUGCGCCUGUCUGCUUCUAAACCCAACUUUGAGGUGGGCUCUUCUAGCCAGCUGAAGCUUUCAUUUGGGAAAAUGACUCCAAAACCAGCAGAAAAACCCGCUCUUGACCCCAGUGCUGCCAAGGCCUGGACUCUGUCAGCCAAUGAUAUGGAUGAUGAUGAUGUGGACUUGGUAGAUUCAGAUGCUCUGUUGGAUGCAGAUGACCUAAAAAAGCCAGACGCUGCUUCCCUCAAGGCACCCUCCUGUGGUGACGGCAGCGCCAAGAAGAAGAAGGCUUGCAAGAACUGCACAUGUGGUCUUGCUGAUGAGCUGGAACAGGAGAGCAAGAGUGCCCAGACGAUCAGCCAACCCAAGUCGGCCUGUGGGAGUUGUUACCUGGGCGAUGCUUUCCGAUGUGCCAGCUGUCCGUAUCUUGGAAUGCCUGCCUUUAAACCUGGGGAGAAGAUUGUCCUGGCCAACACAGGGCUGAAUGAUGCCUAGAAACAUAGCCACAACAUAUUAUUUCUGGAGCACCCCAUUAUUUACAUUCCUUACAGCCCGUUCCACUAGCCACCAACCCCUGGAGUUCCUUAAUCAAGUCCAGGAUGUCUGAGAUAAAAAUUGCUGUGUCUGAAUGUCCAUGUGUGUUCUGAAUAGUAGGCAUUUUGUAAUAUCUCUCCUAAAUGGUAUUAUUUUACCAAGGUUUCUGUAUUGUCUAGUAGAAGUCACUGCACAGUUGUGGAAGGAAAGAGUCUAUUCCAACAUGUCAUCAUCAGAGGUUAGGUGAACUAAAACCAAUGGUAGUAAUUAGUACAAGGCAUUAGAUGACACAUUCAAAGUAGAAUGAGCCUAAUUCGCUGGUAUUUGUUGCUUAAUUCAUGUUUAUUUAACAGUAUAUUCUAAAUAGUAUGCCAGUUAAGUAGGUAAUAGGCAAGAUCAUUUUUGGACACAGCCAGAUGUUCAGUACGUGACGGCAAAAAAGCUGUUUGAGAUAAUAAAGGCCAAAAGCACUAAACGGAAGUCGGUAAUGUGCUGUUUCUGGUUUUAAUAUAACAAUACAGUUGCUAUUCUAACCAAGUGGAAACUGAUGGAAAUAUACAGUAAAGAUUUCAUGCAGUACUUGCCAUAUUUUAAUUAUGAUUUGUUAUAUUAGCUGUUAAAGGGAUCAUGUGUAUAUUACUUUGUAUAGUUUCUACAAAAAUAAAUAUAUUCAUCACAUUUG